AGUGGCAAUUAGAUCAAGCAAAGCGUGAGCCCUUCUACGUUUUGGAGCUGACUGCGCUGAAAUGGGUUCAUUAGAGGACUAGUUACUGCGUUAUUAAUAGGCUUAGUUAAAUAGGCAAUGCUUGCAAUAGUUUCGUAGAAAAUGAGCUGACAUGAACAUCUGUGAGGCCUGAUCAAGCAUGUGAAAAGCCAAAGCUGUGAAGAAACAGCAUGUUGCCUGCUUUUCUCCAAGACAUCACAGCAAUAGGGACGUUGGAUUCUAUUUUUAGCAACCAAUUUGCCGACUAUAAAUUAACAACCUGUUCAUAAAUGUGAUGGGAACAUUUCUGCUAGUGUGCGUCGAACCUGCUCUGGAGUAGUGUACACCGCUGGAGAAUAUGGAAUGCCUUUUCCUUUUCCUCAUUGGUUGCAAAGUGAUGAGUGGUUGCCAUAUGCUCUCCUAGAAAGCAACCUGGGAGAUAGGUAACUUUUGCACUCUGGAUUCCAGAACACCUUUAUCUGCUAAUACGGGUCGCUAUUCUUGUGGGACUUUAUGUACUCUUUUCGUCUUUGAAAUUUAAUUUAAGAGCAAUUUUGUAAAAUGUCAAGAUGAGGAAAAUUUUGGACAAACAGAACUCCGACCAAAUCCUUUAAAAAAUAUAUAAUUUCAUCCUAUUUUUUAUCUGUAUCGAAACAAUCUCCGUGGCUCAUAUGGGAAUGAAACACUCCUCCCGCUGUAUGUUCCUCAGGAGAAAAAUGGCGGAGUCCGAGAGCACUGAGCAACAGCAGCAGCCGCAGCCAAUCCGCAUCAUCCAGUCUCAGCGCGAGCAGCCCACAUCGCUGCCCAAGCCUGUGCCCUCCAUCCACCAUGUCCCGCAUCCGCCCCAUACGCCCCAUGCUGCCUCCCUGCCCAGCUGCCCUGGCCGGGGAAAGAUGGCCAAGUUUCUCAACCCUGAGGAGAUGACCUCCAGGGACUACUACUUUGACUCAUACGCCCACUUUGGCAUCCAUGAGGAGAUGCUGAAGGACGAAGUGAGGACGCUGACCUACAGGAACUCCAUGUACCACAACAAGCACGCCUUUAAGGACAAGAUCGUCCUUGACGUGGGCAGUGGGACUGGUAUCCUGUCCAUGUUUGCAGCCAAGGCGGGAGCCAAGCAUGUGUACGGGAUUGAAUGUUCCAGUAUAUCGGAAUACUCUGAGAAAAUCAUCAAGUCUAACCACCUGGACAGUGUUAUCACCAUCUUCAGGGGCAAGGUGGAGGAAGUGGAGCUGCCAGUGGAGAAGGUUGACAUCAUCAUCUCAGAGUGGAUGGGCUACUGUCUCUUCUACGAGUCCAUGCUCAAUACCGUCAUCUUUGCAAGGGACAAGUGGCUGAAACCCGGCGGUCUGAUGUUUCCAGACCGUGCUGCACUGUAUGUGGUGGCCAUCGAGGACAGGCAGUACAAGGACUUCAAAAUCCACUGGUGGGAGAACGUGUAUGGCUUUGACAUGACCUGUAUCCGUAACGUGGCAAUGAAGGAGCCCCUGGUGGACAUAGUUGACUCCAAACAGAUGGUCACCAACUCCUUCCUGAUCAAGGAGGUGGACAUCUACACAGUGAAGACUGAGGACUUGUCCUUCACCUCAGCCUUCUGCCUUCAGAUCCAGAGGAACGACUACAUCCAUGCCCUGGUCACCUACUUCAACAUCGAGUUCACCAAGUGUCACAAGAAGACUGGCUUCUCCACCGCCCCUGAUGCUCCGUACACACACUGGAAACAGACAGUGUUCUACCUGGAGGACUACCUGACUGUGAGAAGAGGGGAAGAGAUCAUCGGCAGCAUCAACAUGAAGCCCAACGACAAGAACAUACGUGACUUGGACUUUACCUUUGAGCUGGAUUUCAAAGGACAGUUAUGUGAGGCAGCCAUCUCCCACGACUACAAGAUGCGUUAGCUAAGUGUCCAAUAGGGAGUGCCGGUGUGCAGUGCUGCCUGCAGCAAAACAAACAGGCAGAGGCACUCCCCUUGACAACAGACACUGAGGAGAGAGGAUGGGGUGGAGGGAGAAGAGAGAGUGGGAUGUAGGAAUGAGAGAGGUUGGGAUGGAGGGAGGAGAUUGUGGUAUGCAGGAAUCAGAGAGGAGAUAGAGGGAUGAGAGAGGAUGGAUGGAGGGAUAUGCCAGAUCAGAAGAAUCAGGUUAUGAUGAGAGAAGAGCAUAAGUGCAGGGGUGGCACUCCAAGCAAUAUCAACAUGCCCACAUCGACACCUCUCACCGGCUCUUAACUGUUAGGUCAACUGUUCAGAGGACAACUUUGAAUGUAACACCUUGUGAAUUCAAUAAUGUUCUAGUCAUUAUGAAUGUUAUUGAUUAUUGAUCUAUACUGUAUGUGAGAGGUGGCAACCAACGUUAUCUUGAUUUUGUUAAUUGUUCAUCCAAAAUAAUCAGGCCACAGGAUUAGUUAGAAGAAAAUAUUUUGUAAGUGAGCUUCAGUGUUUGGAGCCCAUAUGAUCAAUUACUGCAGUUACUGUACUUCGCUUUUAUAUAGCAUAUAACAAUAAUUUUUAAUAUUCUACAGCCUAGGCCAGUAGUUAUGAUUUUUCUUCAAAUAGACUUUUAAAUUACCCAAUUCUGCAUAUUUCUUAAUCAUCUUCACCGUAUCUGGUAGUGCAGUAAUUAAAUGUAUUGGCCAAGAAUAAUUCAGUGCUGCAUACUGUAUGUGUAAUGAUGUGAAUGAUAGUGUGUGUUUGCAAUCAGGUGAUGUACUGUAGCUUUUUGGGAGCGUGCAAUAUAACAGUGUGAGAGCUCAUACAUUUGUGCAGCUUGCACUCCAAAGUGUGGUCUGUGGUUUCUAUUAGAGCUGUGAUGUCAACGUUGUAAUCAGCAUAGUCUGCGGCUCUUGUCUAGAUGCCUGCAAAAGCUCCUGACCCACUGGGCAGACACUAGUUGAAUCAAUGUUGUUUCCACGUCAUUUCAAGGAAAUGACGUUGAACCAACGUGGAAUAUACUUUGAAUUGACGUCUGUGCCCAGUGGGAUAUUUCUCCCACCCCCAUAGCGACAUUCUAUAGUGCUGUUUUUUGCCCAUACCAUAGAUAGUUCAUUAGGUAAUAAUGAUCUUCAAUAAUAACCACUGUCUCUUGAAUUCUGUAAGAUGGUUGAAGUGGACACACUGAAGCCACACCAAGAAGUGGUGAGUGUGCUGCAGCAUUCAGUGGGUGGGGCCUCACAUCGGUAGCUGCUGCUCACUGAACUCCUCUCAAUUUGAGGGCCUUGUAGUUACCAUGUUUGCUCUGGCUCUGCUGAUCUCGAGUCAGUAACUGGCCUGUCCUCAGAGCCUGGCCUAGCAACUGUCAGCGGUUAGUCCUGUCGUUAGAUCAGUAGCAUAGAGAGAGUUCAUUCCAGCCUCUCUGCUCAGCGCUGGAGUUGAUGGACUCCCUUCACCUGUGCUCUUACUAACUCUAAGGUCAUCGCCAAGGCAACAACUGGAAGUGUCCUCCAGUCCAACUGUGUGACCUCCCCUCACAGUUGUGUAGUACUGUUACACCAUCCUUCCUUACGAAAUACAUUCUAUCUGCAGCCAAGAUACAGACUCACUUCCAGUCCCCUCGCUCUUCCAUGUCUCUCAAUGAAGAUCAUCAGCACAACACUUAUGACCAUUCAGAAGACAUACAGUGUGACAUGCCAUGUAUGAGUAGACUAGUGGCUAGUAAUGAGUGAGUGACAUUUGACUCAUGUACAAUCUGUUCCGUAAAGGGUCUGAGUAUUGAUCUAGGAGGGCAGGUUUCAUGUUGAGAGCUGUCUCUUGUGAGCAUAUAGUAUGUCCUCCUUACCUUUUUUGCUUUUGAUCCAGUAUCUGCCUGUGUGUUUUGAUGUGCAGGUUGGUUUAUUAUUUAUAUACUGUAUGUGUAGCAUAGUGUGUAAAAUAGAAUAAAAAAGCAAUAAAAUACUAUAAACCAUGAAGAAAAUCUAACUGAAAUAGUAUCCACUAAGUAGAUUAUGUACAGUUGCAUGCAUACAACUGUUUACACCCAGUAGCCUACUGAAGUACUAAAACAACAUGGUUGCCACUUUCAUUCAACUCAGCUACUGAAAUUGUGCUAUAUGUUAAUUUCGUAUGACAAUUACAUUUUCUAUUGAGUUUAAAAAUAGUGCUAUUUAAGCGUUGUAUUGUUAAUUGUACCUGCUGUCAUGUAAGAGUUAAAUUAAAGUUAAGCUAAAGGCUAACA